AUGGCACACUCCAAGAGCACUAGCAUGACACUGAAGCUUCUUGUCCGCACAAAGGGUCGCAAGGUUCUGUUUGCUAAAGCGACCAAGGAGGUUGUGGAUUUUCUUUUCAACCUUCUGUCUUUGCCUGUCGGCACCGUGGUUAGGCUCCUCUCCAAGAACUGCUUGUUCACAAUGCACACCACCGUUGAAACGUCCAGCAAGGGAGGGUAUGCGAAACCAAAGGCAGCAGUUGCUGGUUCCAAUAUCCUUCUUUUGCUGACCAACGACGUUGACUCGAAUGCAAAACAGUUCUACAUUUGUACAAACUGCGUUCGCUGUAUUUCCGAUGUGUCUGGAACCGUUUGCCCAAGUUGCAGGUAUGCCAUGUCCACUCAGGUGAUUUAUGUUUGCCCACAAGCUUCUUCUACUGUGGCGGCAACAUCCGGCGAGGGAGGGUAUGUCAAGGGCGUAGUGACAUACAUGAUCAUGGAUACCUUGGAGGUGAAGCCAAUGUCCGCCAUUUAA